CCCGGGGGUGCGGAUCCUGACCCCCGGGCGUCGGCGGCCCGCGUGGGCCUCGAGUAACCGCGCCUCCCGCCCCCUCGCCGCCGCCCUAUAUGUGGACUCCUGCCGCCACCGGGCCAUGGACUGCAGCCGCCGUGUCCCGCGAUGAAGCUGGCCGAGCGGUUCGUGCUGGAUGCGCUCGCCUACCUAUUGUGCGUCCUGUCCUGCCUGUGCUUCGUGGGGCUCAAGCUGGUGGGCUCGCCCUACGGGCGCUAUGCGUCCCCGCGCUCCGCCUUUCGGCUGCCGGCGCGGGCUGCCUGGGCGAUGCAGGAGCUGCCCUCGGUGGCCGUGCCGCUCUUCGUGUGCGCCGGAGCGGCGUCCGAGCGCCUCCAACGCUGGCCCAACCGCAUCCUCCUGGCCAUGUUCCUCGUCCACUACGCGCAAAGGUCCUUGAUUUUCCCAUUUCUGAUCCGAGGAGGAAAGCCAAUGCCAUUGUGCUUGAGUGUGCUGGCAUUCGUGUUCUGUACCUAUAAUAGCUACUUGCAAAGCAGAUACUUGAGCCAAUACGCUGUGUAUGCUGAUGACUGGAUCACUGACCCCCGAUUCAUAACAGGUUUUGUCCUGUGGUUAGUAGGCCUGCUGAUAAACAUCCAUUCAGAUCAUAUCCUAAGGAAUCUCAGGAAACCAGGGGAAACUGGGUACAAAAUACCCAGGGGGGGCUUAUUUGAGUACAUAAGUGCAGCCAACUACUUUGGAGAAGUCGUGGAGUGGUGUGGCUAUGCCCUGGCCAGCUGGUCUAUCCAGGGCGGGGCCUUCGCUCUGUUCACAUUCUGCUUUUUAUUCACCAGAGCACAGCAUCAUCACCAGUGGUACCUUGAGAAAUUUGAAGAUUAUCCGAAGUUCAGAAAAAUUAUAAUUCCAUUUCUGUUUUAAGUCAGUUGUCAAUGGAAUUAUCUUCCACUUAAAGCUUUUCGAUGAUGUUUCUUUGGGGAUCAUGUAAAUGAAUUAUUUUUCUGUAAUUUUCGUGCUACUUAAUCUUUUUUAAGAUUUGUUCCAUGAAUUUUUUUUUCUAGUAAAUUUGUAAGCUACCUAAUAAGAAACUACUGAAACUGAAAUGCAGGUUGAAGUAUUACGCUGCAUAUCAGGUCAGGAAUCUGGGACUCUGGGUAAUUACUGCUGAUUGUUUUUCUGAUUUUGGAUUUGCCUCUUGGGUCUGUGUACAGCUAAAUGUGCACAAGACCAGAAUUUACCAGCCGUCUUUGGUGGCCUCUAUGGACCGAAACAUUUGACUCCCCCUUCUACAACCCCUACAACAAUUGGUUCAAGGUCAAAGGCGAUGUUGUCCCCUCCCCUGUAUAGAGGUGUGAUCUGUCUUCAGAUCCUUCUCCUGCUGAGUCAGAGAGGCCUGGGGUACCCACAGUGUAGUCAUGGCCUCAGGGAAACUCAAGGCUCUCACUGUUGUGUGCUGUGCAAGCAGAAAACUUGGGGGUAAAGAAAGGAGACAUGAGAGGCCCCGUUGAGGCCUAGACAAGGGCAUCCGGCACUUGCUCCAGCCUGGCUCACCAGGUGACUUCACUUGUAGGGCCAGGCGCUGGGGGUCCUCAUAAGGAGCAAGCCGCUCUGUCCCCCGUGAAAGAGACUUCUUGGAGGCCCGCAGGUGGGAGUGCGAUGGUGCAGCAGGGCAGCCCUCCCAUCUCGGGUCCUUCCACAUAAGCCAUCGGCAGUCUCUGCUCUAAGAUGGUUUUUCUUCUUCCUUCUAGGUAGAACUAGAAAUUUUUAAGGCAUUUUUUUUAAGUACCUCUCAAUAUUGCAAAACGGUAUCUUGACCCAGAAUUUCUUACUUUAGAUGCACUCUAAGGGUCCAUGGAGAGAAAUAGCAGUAAUACAAUUUACUACUUAUUGCCAGAUAUUUAAAGGAAAUCUCUAAUCAGAAGGCUGUUGAGUCUCUUGGACCCUCUGUGAAAAUCUAAUGAGCACACGGUAAAGAUCCUCUCCUCUACUGGGACAGCGCUGCCUCAGUUGCUGUCGCCUUUGCAGAGGUGGAAACCGAAAGGGAACUGGAAGUGAAGAGACUUUGUGUUCACUUAUGGUACACUAAUGGUGCUAGGUGGCCUGAAGUUGUGUCCUCUCGUUUUGCUGCCUACCGCCUUUGGGCAGGGGGUGGGCUCUCCUGCACCCCAGCUCCCCGGACCCCUGGGCAUCCGGUCGGCUCCCUCCACCCUUCUCCUGUCUCUCCUUCCCAACCAGGGGCUCCCUCCCUCACGAGUUUUCAUUAGAAACUGUAUUCUUGGUGUUCAUGGUUUUUAGAGUCUCUUGGGGUUUUAGAAUUACCCAAAAAACCUCUCCUGGUUUGGCUAUGCUUCACUUUAACUAAAAUCAGAAUGGUUUUGCAGGGAAAUUUUAUUAUUAAAUCAGCUUUGGCCCUUUUUCUGACCAACUAGUUACUUGAAAACAUAAAGCAAUAAAUAUUUUGGAUCUCUUCAAAAAAGCUCAAACUUCUGAGCCCAUCCUGAUUGAUUUGGGCUCCUGUGUUCUGGAAGGCAUGCCUGGCCAGAAGGAUGUCUGUCUGAGAGCCAGAGGAGCUCACUGUGAAUUUUACUUCUGUUACUGCUUGCUUUUUAUUUGAAUGACCGUAGGUACAAAGGUUUGGGUUAACUCAAGGUUUGCUGCACAGUUUUUACUUUUAUUGGCGCUCACUGGAUGAAUGAUUAAUAUAGGAAGAAAUCUUGAUCUGUCUUAUCUCACUGCCCUCUGUUUCCUAAAGACUCUGACUUAGUAAAUUGUUGUCAGUCAUUGUAUUAACUAUAAUUAAGGAGAUUAAUAAAAUUACUGUUAAAAGUCC